AUGGAAGAGGGUAAUGCCCUAUACUUCAAAUCUGCCAGGAACGUGACAGUGAACAUUCUCAAUGACCAGACAAAAGUGCUGACGCGGCUGGUGACAGGUCCGAAAGCUGUGGAAGCAUAUGGCAAAAAGUUUGAAGUAAAAACUGUUUCUGGAAAAUUGCUCUUUUCUGCGGAUGACAGUGAAGUGGUCGUGGGAGCCGAGAGAUUGCGAGUCUUAGGAGCUGAAGGCACAGUCUUUCCCAAAUCCAUAGAAACACCUAAUGUCAGAGCAGACCCCUUCAAGGAACUAAGGUUGGAGUCCCCAACCCGAUCUCUAGUGAUGGAAGCCCCGAAAGGGGUAGAAAUAAAUGCAGAAGCCGGCAAUAUGGAAGCCACCUGCAGAAGUGAGCUGAGACUGGAGUCCAAGGAUGGGGAGAUUAAGUUAGAUGCUGCAAAAAUCAAACUACCUAGACUGCCUCGUGGAUCCUACACACCCACAGGAACGAGGCAGAAGGUCUUCGAGGUCUGCGUCUGUGCCAAUGGGAGGUUAUUCCUCUCCCAGGCAGGAACUGGUUCCACUUGUCAGAUAAACACAAGUGUCUGCCUUUGAAGGACUAUCCACAGUGGACAAUUGUUGGCAGCAUCGAGGCCCUUUUUGGCUUGAGACACUGGCUGCCAGUUAUUUUUACUAGAACACAGAAAGCCUAUCAAAGACCUUGUGUGUUUGUGUGUGUGUAUGAGUAUGUGUAUGAGUGGGUUGUGUGUAUGAGUGGGUAUAAAUAUAUAUAAAUAUAUAUAAAUAAAUAUAUAUAUAUCCUCUGUAUAAAAUGAGGUUUCAGUACAAAAGGAACCAUGGGUGACCCUGUGACAUCAUUCAUUGUCAUUUUUCCACCCCAUCACCACCACCCACAUGACAGAAUCUAAGCACUGGCUCAGCAUUCCCCGGGCAAUUUCAAAUCACACAAUGAAUUGAGCACUUACAGAAUAUCCAUUGAUAUUUUCAAGUAAUCCCCUAGCUUCUCUCUUAGAGUCGUCAGAGGCAAUGAUGGCGGGAAUCUUUGGGUCACUCUCAAGCAAUGAUAUAUUAGUAUAAAAGAUAAGCAUUUAAUCCAUAUGUAAUCACAACAUCAGGCAAGUUGUGGUAAUGGAGGCCAGCCUGGGUUACAUAGUGAAACUGUCUUAAAAACAUAGACAUUUGAUCCCCUACAGUUUCCCUUUCUUAGCUUCAGUCAAGCUGGUCAAGUUCUCCUCUUCAAGGUAAAGAUAGGGUAUACCCAUAGAAAUAAGUCACAAGAAAUCAAAAUAGCCACCCUACCUUUGUAGAUCAACAUACUAGGAGUUGUGUGGCUAAAUGAAUAGGGGCAGGGAGGUUGAAUUCUGAAAGAAUGUAAGUCACUCACGUAACUUCUACUUCCUUUAAACUCGCAUAUUGUCCCACAAUCAAUGAGUAAGUGCUUUGAAUCAGCAUAGAAGAGGAUACCAGCUCUUCCACCAUGGGCUAGAAGCCAUUCAGUGGCCUGACAGACAAAGAUACAUGGCUGAGACAUCUCAUUUAAGGGAAAAACUGUCUCCCAAGCUUUUAGAGUCUCACUUUUGACUCUAUCCAACAGACUCAAAAUCACUAAAUCAAUCUGAAUCUCCAAGAGUGAGCCCCAGAUCCCAAGAGAAGUUACUUUAAGAUGGAAAUCUAAGAGUACCAUAGGGAAGCUAACUAAUUUUCACAAGUUUCCUGAAAUGGAUGGGCCAUUUAGAGACAUGUCAGGUUUUCAAGGGCUUGCACAAUCUCUCUUGCUUUGCUCUUAUAUAUUUUGUCAGUGCUGGGGUAUUCAUAUUCCCGAACUCACUGUUGUGUUUUUAGGAAUCACAGACCUAAGACACUACAUGCUGCCAGAAUUAUUCAUGACAAUAUAGACAAAGUCAUGUGUCCUCAUCAGAAUCACUGUGUCCCCUGGGCUCAGCAGCACCCAACCCCCACAUACAGAAAUAGUCUCUUAAUUCCCGCCAUCAGCUACCUCUUAUCACCCCACCUUCAUUGCCAUGCCCCAGGGUCACCCUGGCCAGCUCUUGUGCUGGGACAGGGGAUUAUACCAUCUCUGUUCAAAGAGGGGGAAAUGUGCCUAUGCCUUAAGCCAAUGCACUCAGCAAGGAGAAGCACAUCCUAUUUAUCUUGUUACCUGUAGUUUAUUUUGGGUGGUUGGAGGGAAAUGGUUUAGACAUGACUGGGCAUCAGAAACUGGUAGACAAACCAAGUGAUUUCCACAUUUGGACUCUGAGGAGCCCAGAAUGGAGGUAUAACUGGCUUAGAUCAUCCUUGAUGCUACUAGGCAAAGCAGCAGCCCUACAAUCUUGAAUGAAGUUGUAUUUGUAGGCCUGAGUGGCCCUUAUUUCUGUUUUUGUUCUCCACAGGGUUCUAAUUUUUUUUCUUACUCCACAAGCUGAACAGUUUAUUAUAGGAAACAAAAAAAGAGAUUUGCUAUUUCUGAUAUGACACUCAAGCAACAGGCUGAGGUUUGCACAUAUGGAAUGUACUCCUUGGUUGCUUGUUGCCACAACACAGGGACUCUUAACCUGACUCAUGACUUGGACUUCUGGCUUCCAGGCCAGGCCUGGAUUCCCUCACCCUCUCUGUCUAUCUUAUGCAGAGGCACUGGGUGGGUCCAUCUUAGGGAAGAAGCUUAAAAUUGCUCCAUUUGCAGCAUGGAAUUUACAAAGAUAUCCUAUACAAGGUUCCAGGGUACUGAACCUCUUAUAGGCCCUUUUGUAUCACACACAGGUAUUAUUUUCAAGUCACAAAAAAAUGCCCUUCUUAGCUUUUAGAAGCCCCUACCCCAUAUCCUUCAGAUACACAAUAACUCUGAAUUCCCUUGUGGCUAAGUAUAUAAAGAAGACAGGGUUGUUUGGGAGUGGGUGGAGGGAGUGUCUCAUCUCAUUUAAGCAGACAAACUGCCAUUACAUUUAACCGUCUCAGAUCCAUUGUCUAUCAAUAAGGAGAAAAACAAAGUUUCCUGCAUCUCUUCUGAUUUUAUUUCCAAUUGUGGCAUAAAAGUCAUACUCCUUGGGAAUUUUAUGACAAUUAAAAAAACAUGGCCACACAUGCAAAAAUGAAUCCUAUAACAAGCAAAUCACACAGACACACAAUAAAAUUAAUAGCAGUUGGGGAUAUAAAUGGAGAAAUCUCUGGAGGAAUACAUGAUACAAAAUUCUGAUUAAUUCUGGUUUUCGAUUUUGUUAAAGGACAUCAGGUAAUAAAUACAGAGGAUCUCUGGCCUGAGAAGAUUACAUAUUUCAGUUCAGACUAAAAACUGGUGAAAUGCAUCCCUAGUUGUCAAGGAAUUCCCCCAUCUACCCACCCAAUGCUCUUCAACAAGAAAUAUUUCUCCAUAGUCAUGAGAGACACUUUCACAGAUUUCUGUAGAGGGGAUCAGCAUUUAUAUUAAUGUCUUUUGACCCUUACAUUUUGAAAAUGAGAAUCUUUCUAUAUAGUAUCUUCUAGACAAUCACACCCCUGUGUCUCUUAAGCAGCUGGUGGAACAACAGUAUUCAAAUGAUUCUCCAUCCUCCUAGAACUUCUGGUAUGCUAAUGUUUUUCAGAAAACAUUUUACAUAUCAAAAUGUGAUCUCCAGAUACAUUUAUCAUUUAGUUCUGUUCAGCAUGUCUGUUUGGCAAAUCCUCAGAGUUUCAUUUGGAGGGACUGCCUUAAGAUGACAUAGGUUUUGAAGAGCUCCGGUGGCAUCUAUCUAGGUAGAAACUUAGUGUGUGGUUUCAUAUUUGUUACAUGACUAAGGGACAGCACUUACAGACUAAAACUGGUUUUUAACUUCCUUCAGGCCAUUCUCUCUCUAGACAAAUAGCACUGCGCAUCCAUCCACAAACCAUAGACCAAAGAUUACUUGAGGGUUGACCCUAAAAAGGGCCAAUAAACUAGCAACUGGAGACCAAGCCUGAGUCCAAAACCACAGCCAUUUACAUGUCCUAUGAGCCAUGUCACCCUUUACCUCCACCAUUGACUGCAUGGCCAGCAACACAACAUUAUGGUUAUGCAGCCAUUUAUAGAAAACAUUUGCUGACCCCUGAGCUAUAGGUCACUUGUAGAAUGUGUUAGGCAUAGUGGAACAGAAGGCAGAUUUCUCAGGAACAAGGAGUAACCUGUGUUAUCGUGGGACAAUGGGGAUAUAAAACUUGGCUGAGAUUUGAAGAAGGACAUAGCUAAGAGAGAAGUCAGCUCAGAGGACUUGGGCUAACUGAGAAACUGGAAUGGAAAGAAGCUUGAGAAUAAGGAAGCUGUGUUCCUCUCACUCUUUGCAGGAGGGCUUUCAUAGGUGUUUCUCAGGUCAGUGAUGCUUGACCAGAAGUGAGCCAACUAGUGUGAUCUUGAUUCACAGUCUUUUCCCUAAAAAUAUUUAGUCUAUCUACACCCACCAAGACUGCAUCUUCCCAUGUGCCAGAGAGACUUCCACACCUAGGUCCUCCAGAGAAUACUCUUGACCUUAUGUGAGCUCUGUUACUCAUAUGUCCAAGGUAGCCACUGUUCUUAUAGCCCCAGAAUAAUUGGAAGGAUGCAAAACAAUAACAUUUUUUGUAUAUGUAGGAAUAAACAGUGAAAUAUUUUCCAUGGAGCCAUUUCUAGAAAUGUCCAGAUAAAUGACAGUUUACUUUUGCUCUUUGGAAUCUGAGUCUUUUCUUUGCUCCUUUGGAGUGGGGGACAUGUUUUGUAUUCAUGUACCUCUGCUUCUGUGUGUUAAGACCAGUUGCUAUAGUAGAUCUUCCCCUUUGCUAAUAGUGAUGUUGUACUUGCUGUUCUUAACUCACCAUCAUUAUAAAUGAAGCUUUGUGGGUGUGAGUAUUUACCUUAGAGAAUGUCUACCAUUUUGGGUCCUUAAUCUACAUCACUACAGAAAAGCCCUCUGCCUUCCACAUGAAUAUAUCUGAAGGACCAAGUUGGCAGACCAAUGAGAGUACCCUGGUUUUAUUUAUUUUGAACAAAAGACAGCAUUAAUGUUUGGGGCCAAGGGGUUGAACUGACCCAUUUUUAAGUACCUGAUCCUUUAUUAACGAUCAAUAAAAGAUGAAAAUGUCAUUUAUGUAAGUUGUAAGACAAAACCAGACCUGCCUCCCACACUACACACCUUAGGAAGUCUUAAGUACAAAGAUGAUAAAGAAUCAGUUCCUUGAAUGAUACAUUUUGCAUGGAGCACCAGUAGCAGGCAGGUUGCGGGACAGUUCUAAUGAAAGAAACAACCUUAGAAAACAGGCCUUUUAUCUCAAAGAUAAAAUGUCUCUCUUGCAGUUUUUCAUCAUUUUCCUUGGAGGAAGGCUUCCCUAGUUCCAACAUAUUUCCAUUAAAAUAGCCGAAGCUUACUGCACCAGGAUGUCAGAUGUAUCUCUUUGUCUGUGGUAAUCGGAAUUUUAAAUUGUACAGUUGCUUCUGAAUUUCCCAUUCACAAAACCAAACCACUGAUCAGUGAUAAAGCAGCCCCAAGCCUGCUGCUCCAGGCAGCACAAUGCACCAUAGGCAUUAGCACUUUCUAAAGCAAUGUGAUUUCUCUGAGUCUUAAAAGCUUUCUUCAUAAUGGAGUCCUUGAAACUUGUCAAGGUAGGUCUGAAUGGCAAAGGGAAAAUAAUUACCCAAGGGAGGUCCUCUUUCUGAGUAUAGUUGGAGCACAAGAAACUCUCCUGGGGGCACCCAGGCUCACAAAGGUUAUUUGGCCCCACCCUCCCCCAUCUUGCUUUUGUGGAAAUGCACAGAGUAAGACAUCAUUAUAUUCCUUUGAGGAAGAGAGAAUGCCAUGGGGAUUUGAUGCAGUAGGGAGGGUUAUGUCACAACCCAUUAAUGAUGCCAACAGGCCCAUCCAUAAAGAGUUGCAAGUAUAUAGCAACAGCAAUGCCAACUGCUGCCCCUUAACUUAAACCCAGCAACAGGCAGAAUCAGGACACCCUUGGGGCUACAAAUGGGAGUAGAUCAAAGGAACCGUUGCCACAGGCAAGAAGUAGCUUUAGAGUCCCAAUCUACCUGUCCUACUAGGAAGCCAGAGAUCUCAGCCAAAAGCCACACUCGUUGCCAUCCUCACUGGCAAGUAUGUGGCUUUUGCUUCCUCAGUAAAUACAACAAACUUGAAGCUGCCCUUGCUGGGAAAACCAGAAAGAAAACUCAUGUUUAAGAUAAAAAAAAAAUCUUCCCCACAUACCCAGAAUGUCUUCAAAGCCAACUUUUAUCUAGGGCUUCUUUCACUGGAAGCAGAGAUAGGUCAGAUUUCAUAAAGGAAAAGACUCCAUCCCGGCUGAGAGUGGUAAAACAAUGGGUUGUCUGAGUACUGAAAGAUGGCAUUGGUCAACAGGGAAGACAUAGGUGUUCAAUAUUCACAUUAACCUGAGUCAGGAGAUUCUAUGAUCUUGAGGGCCAGGGUUAUUUGCUUUCUGAACAGGGAGCGAAAAAGCUAUAAAAUUUCGCCAUAAAAAGAGCCAUGUCCUCAAAACUCAUGCAUAAACAAGAGGUUUUCUUGGAUCCACAGCCUACCCUAAGAUAUGAAAAGAACUAGACUCUACUUUCCAAUCGUUACUAGAAUUGUGUGUUAAUAUUCAUUGACCUCUGCACUGGGCACCAUGCUCAAUGCUUUAUCUGCAUCCAUUUAUUUCUUCCUCAGAACAGUGCUUUGGAGUUGAGCUCCCAACAAGGUUCCAGUUUAUCGAUAUGGAAAUUGGGACUUGCAGAGACUAAGAAACUUACUCAAACUCAGUAUCUAUAAAACGACCAGCCCAGAGUGUGGGCAGUUCCCUGGGCUCAUCCCUGGGCAGUUCACUAACAUUUGAAUUAGUUUUCAAGUUGGUGGGGAGUGUGCCCCUCCUAGGUUUUAGAUUAGACCUUCUAGAAAAAUGAGGCUACAGAACUUUCACAUCUUUGUUUUCUGUAGUUUCUUCUCAGGGUUCCAUACAAUAGUAAAGUGUGGAUAUGUGGAGUGGAGAUAUAGAAGGCCUGACUGAAUUACAGAAUCUAGAACAACAGCAACAAAACCAACCAACUGUUUUGUUCUGGGUAUGAUUCUUAAUUUAGACUCCUAGUCCUUAUGACUGGAAGAUAUCUCAGCUGUCAGCCUCAUAUGUAGGAGAAAAUUUGAAUGCUUGGUAAUGCAUUUGUAUGGAUGAACAAUGCUGUGUUCCCACUAUAUAUUAUUUCCUUCUUCUACACCUCCUUCCAAAAAUCAACUGUCGUAUUUUAUGUGAGAUCUUUGACACUAUUAGGCUUUCUUCUCUCCCUUUACUUCUAGUGAAAUAAAAUCAUCAAAUAAAUCGGGGCUCAAUCUCUAUCACUGAGAAUCACCUAGGACUCAAUUAACCUUAAGCAUUCAACACCACCUGGAGCAAGCCACUAUGACUCUGUAGUGGCUUAGUCCCCAACCCUUAUCAACUAUCACUAAAGGGCCAUAUCCCUCCCAAGGUGCAGAAUUCUUCACAAUAGAGCUUUUAGGCCAUCACCACCAAUUCUCCUGAGUUGGAAAUGAGAGCCAUUCUAUACCUUAACCAGGGCAUCUCUUUUAUAUUGGUGUCCCACACUCAGCCCUAAGCCUAUAGGAAUUUCAACUAAAAAUCAGGACUGAGAACAAUCUACAGCUCAUUAUAACUGGGUAACUUGGAAUGUUGGCACCUUAUGAAUGCAGAAUUGGAAUUUGGUUCAUAAGAGUGAAUAGACAAGAUCUUUUUUGAAAAACUGACUCAGCCAAUGUCUGUCUGAACAGAUUACACCCUACUAUACCCUUGUGAAAGUCUUGCUGUCAGCCUGACCCUCCCAGAGCUUAGAGAUGCUAUGAGAUGGGUCCCUUGUGCUCCUAUGUGCAUCCUUCUCAUGGCAGUGGAGGGUCUGGAUACACUUAAAUUCAUCCCCAGAGCUACAGCUUGUGUGGUUCCACCUCUCAUACAACCUUAGAAAGGAAUCCACUAGAACUAUUAAAGACCCUCCAGUUGGGUCAGUCAGGGAUUUCCCUUCCAAUGGUGUUAAUUUCCAAAUGGCAAAUCAUGUAUGGGCACCUUUGACACAUCUUAUGUCAUCAUCCUCACAAGAGCUCUGGAAAAGAUUGGAAGUUGUAUCAAAGUAAAGGGAACUUAUUGGAUACAUAUACUAGAGUAACACAAAAGCAAUU